AUGGGUGAGGUCGAUGAUAUACUGGAUCAAAAUAGGGCGGCGCAACAGGACGUUGACGAUGAGGAAGAGGACGAAGAUGAUGAUGAGGUCGAUGUAACGCUUUUGCGCAGCAACAUCGAUAAGGAUGCGGACGAAAAUGACGGUAAUCAGGAUGAUGAAGGCCGGGAGGAAGACGGAGAUGGCGACGAAGAGGCGGACGACGACGAAAUGGAGCAGGAGGACGAGGACGGCGACGAUGACGAAGACGAAGUCGAAGAGGAAGUCGAAGACGAUGAGAUGGAAGUUGAUGAGGAGGAUAGUGGUGAGGAGGAAGAUGCCGAAGUGGGUCAAAACCGGGAGAAAAAUAGUGAAGGAAAAGUUCAAGAGAAGGGAAAUUCGGUACAGGAUAGCGCGAGUUCCGACGAGGUGAUUAAUGGCGAUGUAUCAAGCAAAAGUGACAACAAACCAGAGAGUGAUGGUGAUGAGUAUGCUGAUAAAAAAGAGAAUUCUGGCCAAGGUUCUGAUGCCGUGGACCAAAAAUCAGAGGCGCUGGAAGGCGUUCAUAAUUACUACACUCAAAUGCUCUGUUCAGCCAAAAUUGCGAGUACGUAUAACAUCUAUCCGACGGCAGCGAUUCCAAUCCAAACAGAUGUCAAUGCAGUCGCCAUGUCGAAGGGGUUGAAGUACUUAUUUUUGGGAGGCAGCGACGGCUACAUAAGGAAAUAUGAUUUCCUAAACACAAUGGACGGAAAGCUGUCGCUGACAAUCCUGCAGAAACAUUCACUGGCAGAGUCGAUACAGAAUGCAGGUAUCCUGGUAUCGUACUGGGAGAAUGAGAUUCCCCAGAGAAGGUCUGAGAUGAAACUGUCGAAGAACAAUAAGGAAUACGAACCAAAGGUGAGUCCCGUGUACUCCAUUGAAGUGCAAAGCGAGUGUCUUUUUAUGCUCAGCGGGUUAGAGGACGGUGGGAUCACCAUGCAAGGUGUAAGAUACAUGGAAGGUACGAUAGGCCAUUACUUCAAGGGUAAAGAGGGACAUACCAACGUUGUGAACCAACUGAAAUUGAACGGGGCAGAGACAAGGUUUAUCAGUGGUUCUUGGGACAAGCGAAUACUCGAAUGGGAUUUGCAAACCGGUGGAAUCACUAGCGAGUUCAAAGGUUCAACGUCGGAGGUUUCAUCUUUGGAGAUGCGGCCGCUGUACUCGACUGUCGAUGUCAAUCAGGUCGUUAGUGACAUCAAAAGUAAUAAAGAUCGAGGUGAUGACCAUAACAGUGACGAUGACAUGGGUUCUUUAUUUGGAGACGAUGAUGAGGACAAUGCUGGCGAAGAUAAAAUACCAGAAGACCGAUACGAGAAGUUAGACACUUCGUCGAUUGAAGAAAUCUCGAGAGACACUUUAAAUGUCGUUUACGAUGAAUCGACGUUCUUGACUUCGGGUCUGAACGGUUCUGUAUAUAUUUGGGAUCGCCGUAUACCGACAGCUCCGGCUUUGAGCCUGAAGAAAGGGCCUAAGGUUCCACCCUGGUGCCAAUCAGCAUGCUGGUGCAUGGAUGGUGAUCGCGUUUUCGCUGGUAGAAGGAACGCAAUCGUCGAAGAAUUUGAAUUAAGAAUGCCAUCCCAUCCUAGUAAUACCCUAAAAUUGCCAGCCAUAUCUGGGCCAGUGACGUGCGUACAUGCAAUGCCUAACAAUAAACAGGUGCUUUGUGCCUCGCGAGAUAACAUAAGACUCUACAAUACGGGUAGCAGUCCAAACUCUAAGGGCACUGCGGUGCCAUUCUUGAUCGUUCCAGGUCAUCAUGGGGGAGCCAUUUCUAACAUGUACAUUGAUCCAACGUGCAGAUUCUUGGUUAGCACUAGUGGGAGUCGCGGAUGGCAAGGCAAUUCCACUGAUACAACUUUUAUAUACGAGAUAGAUCUGGAGUAA